AUGCCUAGAGUUCUUUCAUUCAGCAAUUACUUCAGCACACUCCUUUUUGCCCUAUUUUCGAUAGUUCUUCUACUGAAUACCACUUUGUUUAGCUCAGUUGACGCGAAUCAUGUUCCACCUUUGAAUAGCGAAAUUGUCUCCAGUAAUAUAUGCGACCCUAAUGUAAAACAGUACUCUGGGUAUAUCAAAGUCAAGAAUGCACAUUAUUACUUUUGGUUUUUCGAAUCACGGAAUAACCCGGAGACUUCACCCCUCACAUUGUUUCUUAAUGGUGGCCCCGGUUGCUCUUCGAUGAUUGGCCUUUUCCAAGAAAUGGGUCCGUGUAGAUCAAUAAAAAAUGGCACGGACGUUGAGAUAAAUCCGUACAGUUGGAACAAAGUUUCCAAUCUACUAUUUGUUGAUCAACCUAUCGGUGCAGGAUUUUCUUACGGCAAUAAAUAUUUGGAUUCAACGGAAGAUGCAGCUGAGGUUCUUUACGAAUUCUUACAGCUCUGGUUCCGGCAAUUCCCCGAAUAUUUGGAUCGAGAUUUUCAUCUAUUUGGAGAAUCUUAUGCUGGUCACUACGUACCUGCAACAGCUAGUCUAAUAUUGAAGAAAAAUUCAUUAUACAACAAUAUAAAAAAAAGGAAAGCCGGAACAAAGCUCUCGGUUCCAAUUCGUCUCAAAUCGAUCGGCAUAGGAAACGGAUGGAUCAAUCCUACAAUACAAUAUGGCUCAAAUAUUGACUAUAUCAUACACAAUGCAUACGGUCCGUUGCUCAACAAGAAGAUCCACUCAGAAAUGACCGCCAAUUAUCCUACGUGCAAGGCGCUUCUUAAAAAAUGCACCGACACGAAUUCGCCCAAUGAUUGCGGCGACGCUGGAAAUUAUUGCACGGCAAACUUUACCGCGCUAUUUAGCGCUAAUUCUGGCGUCAAUCCUUACGACGUUAGGACUUCCAACUCUACAACGUUUUCUUACCCGUCACCAGAUUACAAUAAUUAUUUAGCGUUACCAAACGUACGGAAGGCGAUUGGGGCUCAAAUACCAUAUACUGAGUGUUCUGUUACCACCUACAAUUACUUCGUUUUGCAAAAAUCCGACGAUAUGCGAGACUUCCUUCCCACCCUAAGCUCCGUUGUUGAUAGUGGUGUGCGCACGUUGAUGUAUUACGGCGACGCAGACUUCGACUGUAAUUGGAUGGGAGGACACAAUGUUUCCAAAGCUGUCCAAUGGAAGUAUCAGAGUCAAUACAAUUCUGCACCUUUAAAAGAAUGGUUUCUAGGUGGUCGUAAAGCGAGAGGAAAAAUUCAAACUCAUUCAUGCUUGACAUUUGUUUCGAUUUAUAAUUCAGGCCAUGAAGUAUCAGUUUAUCAACCAAAAGUUGCUCUAGAAAUGUUUACCC